AGCGUGGGCAUGUUCUGCGGCGGGCAUUUAUUGAUGGUGGUGGAGGUUGUCAGGCAUCUUUAAGCUUUGUUGUCAUGGAUAUGUCGAUACUGACCCUCACCGCGUUGCUACUGUUCGGGAUGAUCACAGAAUGCGGAGGGCAACCAGAGUGCGGUCAAGCCCCUCUCAACAAUGGCAAUCCGGGGGCCACCCCAGGUGCGUGGCCCUGGCAGGUCAGCCUGCACAGGUCUGGGGGCCACUUCUGCUCGGGGUUGCUCAUCACCGACGAGUGGGUGCUGUCAGCCGCGCACUGCUUUAGCACACCUGGAAAUGUGACAGCGUUUGUGGGGCGUCACAGCCAGACGGGUUCAAACCCAAACGAGCAAACCCGCAGUGUCAGUCUCAACAUCUCCCAUCCUGCCUACAACUCGGACACCUUUGACAACGAUGUGGCGCUGUUGAAGCUUUCCUCGCCCGUGACCUUCGACUACAUCAGGCCGAUAUGCCUUGCCGCUGACGGAAGCACUUUCUUCCACGGAACCGAGAGCUUCUACAUCGUUCCUUUACCGCCUUCCGGAUCCCUGACGGAGGUGGAGGCUCCCGUUGUAGGAAACCGCCAGUGCGAUUGCGACCGCACGCAGAUCACGAUCACAGACAACAUGAUUUGUGCUGGCCUGAUGGCGAGAGGAGAAGACGCCUGUCAGGGUAAUAGUGGCGGUCCCCUGUUAAGCAAACAAGGGUCCACGUGGGUCCUGAGUGGGUUGCUGAGUUUCGGAUUUGACUGCGCCAAUCCGGAGAUUCCAGGUGUCUUCACGCGGGUGUCGCGUUACCAGGCUUGGAUCAGCAGCCACACGGGCAAUAGCAACAGCUUGCCAGGCUUCGUCAGCUUCAUGUCCGUGGGCACUGAUCCAGACUUGCAGGUUAGCUGUAACGCUAACCUGGCCCUCCCCAUCGCCAACUCGCUCAACCCGACGCCGACCCCUCAAAUUUGCCCCUUAAUCACAUGUCCCCGAAUCGUGUGCCCCACUUGCUUUUGCCCCACUUGGCCCACCAGCACCAGCCUGGGACAAAAUGUGUGCGGGGUGGCCCCGCUCAACAAUCACAUCUUUGGAGGGCAAACGGCCUCCCCUGGUGCUUGGCCCUGGCAGGUGAGCCUGCACAUUCUCGGGUCGCACUUCUGCGGGGGGACACUCAUCAACAGCAUGUGGGUGCUGUCGACCGCACACUGCUUUUUCAGGCGUUUAUCCGUGACAGCGUUUAUGGGUCGUCAGAGCCAGCUGGGUCUCAAUCCUAACGAGGUCAGCCGCCUUGUGGUGCAAACCAUCAUCCAUCCUGCCUACAACCCACUGACCAAGGACAACGAUGUGGCAUUAUUGAGGCUGUCCCAUCCCGUGCCCUUCAACAACUUCAUCAGGCCCAUCUGCCUGGCCGCCAGCGGAAGCACCUUCUUCACCAGAACCGAGAGCUGGGUCACCGGCUGGGGGACCAUCGGCCAGGGAGUUCCUCGACCGCCACCACAGAACCUGAUGGAAGUUCAGGUUCCUGUGGUCGGGAACCGCCGAUGCGAUUGCCAAUAUGGCGGAGGAGUCAUCACCAACAACAUGAUUUGUGCCGGCCGGAGUUGGGGUGGACAGGACGCCUGUCAGGUGACAAAUCAAUUCACAUGCACAUAUAGUAUCAGUAAUACAUCAGUAAAUACCUAAAGGAACCCGUGGUAC